AUGCUACUUACUCCACUCUGCCAGAGUGCCAUGCUACUUACUCCCCUCUGCCAGGCUGCCAAGCUGCUUACUCUCCUCUGCCAGGCUGCCGCCCUGCUAACGCCCCUCUGCCAGGCUGCCGCGCUGCUAACUCCCCUCUGCCAGACUGCCAUGCUACCUACUCCCCUCUGCCAGACUGCCAUGCUACUUACUCCCCUCUGCCAGACUGCCAUGCUACUUACUCCACUCUGCCAGACUGCCAUGCUACUUACUCCCCUCUGCCAUGCUGCCGCGCUGCUUACUCCCCUCUGCCAGGCUGCCAUGCUACUUACUCCCCUCUGCCAGACUGCCACGCUACUUACCCCUUUGUCAGACUGCCAUGCUGCUUACUCCCCUCUGUCAGACUGCCAUGCUGCUUACUCCCGUCUGUCAGACUGCCAUGCUGCUUACUCCCCUCUGCCAGGCUGCCAUGCUGACUACUCCCCUCUACCAGGCUGCCAUGCUAUUACUCCCCUCUGUCAGACUGCCAUGCUGCUUACUACCCUUUGCCAGACUGUCAUGCUUCUUACUCCCCUCUGCCAGGCUGCCAUGCUACUUACUCCCCUCUGCCAGACUGCCACGCUACUUACCCCUUUGUCAGACUGCCAUGCUGCUUACUCCCCUCUGCCAGGCUGCCAUGCUGCUUACUCCCCUCUGCCAGACUGCCACGCUACUUACCCCUUUGUCAGACUGCCAUGCUGCUUACUCCCCUCUGCCAGACUUCCAUGCUGCUUACCCCCCAUUUGUCAGACUGCCGCGCUGCUUACUCCCCUCUGCCAGACUGCUAUGCUACUUACUCCCCUCUGUCAGACUGCCAUGCUGCUAACUCCCCUCUGCCAGGCUGCCAUGCUGCUUACUCCCCUCUGCCAGGCUGCCACGCUGCUUACUCCCCUCUGCCAGACUGCCGCGCUGCUAAUUCCCCUCUGCCAGACUGCCGCGCUGCUAACUCCCCUCUGCAAGGCGGCCGCCGCGCUACUUACUCCCCGCUGCCAGGCACCCACGCUGCUAACUCCCCGCUGCCAGAUUGCCCCGCUGUUAGUUCACGCUGCCAGGCUGCCAUGUUGUCGUGUUACCAAUGCACGCUGCCAGUCCGCCAACUUUACGGACAUCGCAAAAAGCUAUAAUUUUAUUAGGGAUGCCAACGAGAACUAA